UGCUGGUAGUAGAGAGGCAGGAGAGGGAGGCUAGUAGAGGACGAUUGUCCUAUAGAAUGUAUCAUGGAGCUUCCAAGGACUAAGAGGAUAGUGUGGCUAGAACCCAGGGCUUGGGGAUGGGCUUAGAGAUGGCAGUGAUCCAAAUCAGUCGUGGUGGUUUGUGGGAAAAUCGUCACUUUGCUGGUCGGCGGCAUAACUCCACUCCCCAUCCUUUUCCCCCCACCAUUGCAGGUUUUCCUGCAGCCUCUCGGGGCAUGAUGGGAGUUCCUAUCAGGUAUCUGAAGCUAGUUUGUACACCCCUUCGGUGUCAAAGGUUCCACACUGCUCCACGUCACUACAAGGGCCGGACAGGUGCGGAACACCUGUGGCUCAUGCGCCACUUAAAGGACCCAUUUGUGAAGGCUGCAAGGGUGGAGAGUUACCGCUGCCGAAGUGCCUUCAAGCUUCUGGAGAUGAACAAGAAACAUGAGCUCCUGCGGCCUGGACUCCGGGUGUUAGACUGUGGGGCAGCUCCUGGGGCCUGGAGCCAGGUCGCUGUGCAGAGAGUCAACGCUACAGGCACAGAUCCCAGCUCCCCGGUUGGCUUUGUGCUUGGGGUGGAUCUUCUCCACAUCCUUCCCCUGGAAGGAGCAACUUUCUUGUGCCCUGCCGAUGUGACUGAUCCAGGGACUCGUCAGAGAAUCCUAGAGCAGCUUCCUGGCAGGAGGGCAGAUGUGAUUCUGAGUGACAUGGCACCCAAUGCCACUGGGAUCCGGGCCCUGGAUCAUGACAGGCUCAUCAGCCUGUGCUUGACUCUUGUGAACAUGGCUGAGGACAUUCUGUCACCUGGGGGAACAAUGCUUUGUAAAACCUGGGCUGGGAGUCAAAGCCAACAGCUUCAGAAGAGACUAGCUGAAGAGUUCCAGAACACAAGGAUUUUGAAGCCUGAGGCUAGCAGGAAAGAAUCGUCAGAGGUAUACUUCUUGGCCACACAGUACCGAAAGAGGAAGAGCCUUGUGAAGCAGUGAGAUGUCUCCUGCCCUUCCUGGGAAGGGUACUGGGUUCUCAGCACCUGUGAAUGUAGCCCAAGGGCUUUCCUGAUGUGUGGCUGGGUUCUGAGCCUUGCUGGAUGGAGGUGAACAGGACCAUGAGAAUCAUAUUUCUGUUUUUAAGCCAAAAAGAUGACAGAGAAGCUGGAUGCCAUUGGAUCAUGCCUAUAAUCUCAACUGCUCAGGAGGUUGAGAUCUGAGGACCCUAGUUCACAGCUAGCCUGAACAGGAAAGACUGAGCAAAAAGCUG